GCUCGUAGUUGCCUAACCAAUAUACUGUACCAAGGAAAUUGUUAUAGAAGGCUAAAAGUUUUUAAUUACUAAUGUUACAAUUGAAAAUAUUUGGAUUUUCUCCAUCUUGUCACAAAAAUAGUUAGUGCCAAAAGUGAUAAAAGUCUAAGGCACCACGGCCACAGGGGACCGGUUGAUUCUUUUCAUAAAAUUUCAAUGUGUUCUGGAAAUGGUUUGCAAAGAGGACGUGGUAUCAUGGUUUAAAGAAUUGGAAAGCUAUAAACGUAUAGACGCAAUGUGUACAUUACUAAAUAUGUGCUUACCAUUCGAAUUACGUUUUAUCGGGACGUACUUAGAAGAGCUCGGUAAACGAGACUUUCAGGAGUUGCGUGGAGCGGAACUUAGAGCCAAUAAUCCAACAGAUCUUGCCGCCGAUAUAGGAGGAGCCGAUACAGACUCCAGAACACGACGAAAAAUGGCUCUUUAUGUCUCUCUGUUAAGGUCAUGUAAUUUUGCAUGUGCUACAACAUUGUACAAUGCCAUGGUAAACUUGGAACAAAGUGGCCUUCUCAAAGGUCUAUAUGGCGAUCUGCUUGAAGAAAUAUUGCUGUUAUAUACUAUGGCUCUUCACCAUCCAGCAUUUACAUUUGACCAAAAGUCACACUUUGGUGAAAUAUUAGAAAAGUUAAAAUUGGAAGACCAACGGCUACAAUUUCAAGAGCAGCAAGAACAUCUCAAUGUUGUCCCAGUGAGUGGUUGCCAUACUCAAUCCAAUGUCACUCUAAACAUGUCAAUUCCACCUCCAAAUAUCCCAAAUUUGGGGCCUCCACCUGGUUUAAUGUUUGUGAAGACAUCAGGAGUUCAGCCCAACAGCUCAGAAGCAGUGCCAGAGAUCAGUUCACCACCAGUGCUCAAUGCGGGUGGACUGCCGAUGAUACCUGAUGUGCCUCAUCCACCGCCUGGUUUGCCAAUGCCACAGUAUAACAUAGGCGAAUUCAUAGGACCGCACACAUGGCCAGCUAAUAUUAUAGUAUCUCCACUUAAUCCGCCAAUGGAGGUAUUAAAUUACCAAGCAACUGGUGGACCUCCACCUUCACCACUAGUGUCUUCUCCUGGGGACAGUCGUGCUGCAUCACCUCGAUCUCGUCGCCGUUUAUCACGUGACCGUUCACCGCCGCUGCCAGACCCGCCUAUACAACAUCUAGCUGCCAACUUUGACAGUCUGUCUGUUGGCGAGUUACGACAUACAAUCGGCGAGGAACGUCUCCGUGAAAUCAGUGCGGUACACCAUCAGUACCGGUCGCUGGAGAAACUAAACGGGGUGAGACGACGUGCAGCCUACUGUCCCCCUGCGACCUCGUCAGACUCGUCAAGUACGGGAUCCACUCCCCCCGGGACCCCUGCGCCCCCGCAGCGCCGUCACACGCCCUCCGCACCGCCCCCUGGAACUGCCCCGCCCGUGCCCUACAUACCGUACCCGCGCCCCUAUCCGUACCCUACGCCGCCCCCCGCGUACCGCCCGCCGCCCGCGCCUUUCGCGAAUGGUGAACCGCCGCCUUAUCCCACCCCUGCCCCCUACGCAGGAUUCGUGCCCGUCCUAUACGCGCCCCCCAAGCUCUCGUGCUGGAACUGCGGCGCUGCCGGACACGCCGGACAUGAAUGUAAAGAACCCAGUAUGGAAGAAAUGACUCGCGCGGGGGGCUAUCAGUUAGAUUUCGGCGGUGCACCCCCUGAAGCGACGGAUAAAUAGAACCAACUGAAGAUCGCUUGGUCCUUCGAGCCGGAUGCCCGAGAGUGUGAGCUCGUCUGCCACGCCAGACAGAUAAGUGUGCGAAGGGUUCAUAACGAUAAAUGUAAGUGAUUGCACUUUUUAGGAUUGCACUGAUUUAGGCCCAGUAAAUUGGUGUUAGAUAAGAAUACUUUUGCAAAGGUGCAAAUAGUAUAUCCAGCAUAGAAAAUAAUGUGUAUUGAAAGUGCAGUUACGAAGAGAUUAUAACGUGGGAAUUCCAUCUAUUGCGACAAUAUUAAUUCACAACCAAAAUAUGUAUAGAUUGCAAGUGCCAUUUAUAUUUAGUUCAAAAUCGGUAAAUGUUAUGUAAAAAUAAAAAGUACAAAAAAAAAACACAAAAAUCACCUAAAAAUACCAAAAACAUUGGCGAAAGAGCUUCGCAUAUUUCUUUCAUUUGACGCACAGCUCUAAGUGAAUUAUGUAUUUGUGUGGCAAAUAACCUGAUUUGAAAAAAAAUUCAUGGAAUUCCCAAUUAACUCAUAUCAAUACGAUAAGUAAUAGGAUUGAGCACACAAGCUCAAAUCGAGCUAUUCAACAUUUGAUUGUGAUGUAAAAGAUUAGUUUCCUUCACUCCAAGACUGACUUAGAUACGGAUUUAUAAAAAUGUCUACAUCAAAAUUUAGGUUUCAAUAGUUUUACUGAACAUACGUGCGUAUGUCUGAGCGCAAUUUAUGUUGAACAAUGAGGUAAUUAGAUCAAGCUCACGGUAAUGCAAUGCUCUUAAAAUAAUAUAUAUAAAUAGUCAUUGUAAAUAAUUAUAAAUAAGGGACGUACGUGGCGUACUUUGUAAAUAGGUUUGAAUUAUGUAAAUUACCGUGUCUCCUGGUUUUAUUGAUCACCGUCACAAAACGCAUUUCUAUGCCCUUAAGUCAUAGUUCAAAUUAGAGAAUAAAUUUUUGGCUUUUUUAUUGGAAUCGAUACGCAUGCGUGGGUUGCGGGGAGCAGGCCGAAAUUGGAUUGAUCUCUCAUCUGUAAUGCUUUGUUUUGUCGUAGGGCAAAAGGAACUGUUUUUGCGAAAAUUCCAUAAAAUAAAAUUUUAAAAUGACUUUACUUUUGAUUACUAAUAUGGAGAUAUGACGUGUUACUUGACGAAAAGGUUGAAUGGUUUUCGGGGUUUUUAUGUAUUACACUAUUUACUUCUAUACUAAAAUAAUUGUAGUUUUAAUUUGAUAUUAGACAAAAAUUAAAAUGGGCUUUCUAAAAGUUGUGUGACAUUAUAAGACGUUUAUCGCAAUAUUCAAGGAUUUCGCAAUGAGACCGAUUGUCCUACGGCAUAUUAAUUUGAAUUGAGUCCCAGCACAAAAAUCAGCGGAUUAUUCAUUUAUUUUUCAUUAGGUAUCUAGAUCAGUCCCCGUAUAAGUCCGCAAAAUAUAUUCAUGUAUAUGCACAAUUAAAUUGUAAAUAUCAUUAUUUUGUAAAUUUAAUGUUUUGAAUCCGAUAAUUUUAAGGUUAAUCUCGUGGGACUAUACAAAAUUUCACUCCUUAUAAAGGUUGUCCAGUUUUGUGUUAAAUAUUUAAAAUUAUUAAAAGUUUAGACAUAGCAAUGUUAAGUAUCUUAAAUAAAAAUUAAAUAGUGGUUCAAUGUAUCAGCUGAUGCCUGUUCCGUACAACUACAGUUAUUUUAACGUACGACCAUAGUUGUUAUAAAAAUAAUUAAAGUCAAAUUUAAAUAUUGUACCACAUUAAAGGCCAGUUCCUAGGUCAAAUAGACUUGUGACAUAAUUUUAUAAACCGCUGGUCCGUGCUUUUUGUCUAAAUAACUGUUGAAACUCAAGAAUCAUUGUAUUUUGUGGCUACAUUCUCUACUAUAUUUCGUUUAUUGUAAAUGUAACUUAUUUUCCUUUUCAGUGAAAUCUUGUUUGACGUACUUAGUUAAUAAUAAUAUAGGGUUGAAAAAAUUAGUGUAACAUAGACAUUUAAAUUUUUCUUGUCUUAGACGUUUUUAAUGUUGUAUAAGAUUGUAUACGGAAUAAAAAAAUCUGAAUGCAAAUAUUUAGUACGUUAUUGUCGAAGCGAAAAAAGUGAGCGAUUGUCGGGCGAAUUUGAACUGCCGUGCGAGACCGGCAAUCGCUUUUUCGCCGAGGCUUAUCAUGUGAAAAAAAUGUCUGCUUAAUAUAUAUUACAAUUUUAUAUUGCUUUACCUGCCAGCUUUAGAUUGACAUGACUUCAACAGAGGAUUUUCGUUUAAAGGCGAAAAAUUGACCAGCAAUAUAAAAUGUGGGAGAUUCCCAAUUUUUUUUACUAGUUCAGUAUAAUCGACUUUAUAACCGUUAAACACGUUUACGCAGUGUGACACUAGAGAGCGCUUUAUUAUAUUUUUCAAUAACAGCAUGAAAAAUAAUUGAGAACUCAAAAGUAAAGUGUGUUGAGGACUAUUAGAAACAAUAAAUUUUAUUUGUCAGUUAAUAAGUGCUUUAAGAUUAUUAAAUAUUUUUAAACAGGCAUUCAGCUGAAAUAUAAAUCGCAGUUUAUACGACCCUUGUCGACAGCUUUUUGUUUUGUUUUACUAAAAUUAAUAUUAAUUAACGCGUGGUAUUUCAUAUCUAAGUUACAUAUUUUGAUUGUUUUGUUACAUACGAUUGUUACGAAGCAGCUUAAUUUUAUACUAGACGAAGUAUGAAAAUAUUUUUUUACUUUGUACAUAACAUAAAUGUGAUAAUUUUUGACAUAAUUAGACAUUGUGAUUUCGUAGGGUGUGUAACUAGUUAUAAUAGUUUGUAAAUGACUUGCUUUACUAAAUACUGCCUUAAAGCGAUGUUUAUACUGUUGCUGUUACUUUUACCAUUUUUUAUAUUUGGGUACUUAUGCUGUUGUAAUUUGUACUAAAAUAUCAGCAUUUCAGGAAAAUUAGUGUUUCGGCCAAAUAUUUUACCUAUGUAUCCCACCAAUGCUGUGAAUCGUUAGCUUCCUGAAAAAUAAACAUCCAAAAUCUC